UGUGUUAAAAACAUUAUUCUCAAACAUUAAUUUAAAUAGAAAACUCCUUUGAGGAAAAUAUUCAAAAAUAUUUUUUUUUUCCUGAAUAUCUUGAAAAAUUCCUUAAGUAGUAAAAGGAGUUGAUGAUCAGAGAUUUUAGUAUAUAACAUCAACACAUAUAUAUAAGUUAAUAACUAUAUAUAACCUGGUGAUUACUACAAGAUUAGCAUAUUAAUUAUUACAGCCAAAAUGAGUUGGUUCAAGAACUUCUUCUCAUGUUUUUGUGCCCGGUCAAUAAUGUCAAACUCAUCAAAGCACAAUACUAAUUACCAUGAAGAAGAAGACCUUAAUAUUAACCAAAACCAACCUCCACCACACCCUAGUACUCUUCAACUUCAAGAACCAUCUUCAUCAUCAUUAUUAGAAGCUGCAGAAGAAUUAAAUUCCAAUCCUAGAAGUAACGUACCUCAAAUAUUCACUUAUAAUGAACUUGAUGAUGCAACAAACAACUUUUCUCAUAUUGUUAAUCUUUGUGGAUUUGGAUAUGUAUACAAAGGAACCUUACCAAAUUCUAAUCAGGUUGUAGCAGUUAAAAGGGUUGGAGAGAGUGAGUAUCUAGUUAAAUCUCACAUGCUUUCACUUCUAAGCCAUCAAAAUCUUGUCACUCUCGUUGGCUAUUUUUCUCAAGGGAAUAUUCAUCUUCUUGUUUAUGAAUUCAUGCCUUUAUACUCUUUAAAGGACCAUCUCUUUAUUGACCGUUUUCCAAGAAGAAGGAGGCCCUUAGAUUGGAACAACAGAAUGAAGAUAGCCUUAGGUGUAGCCAAAGGAUUAGAGUAUCUUCAUAAUGGCACAAAUCGACCGGUGGUUCAUGGAAACCUAACACCAUCAAAUGUAUUAUUGGGCCAAGGAUUUAGCCCAAAGCUCACUGAUUUUGGGCUUCCAAGUAUUAAUAUCCCAAGUUGGGCUAGAUCCAAUAGGGCUAUGGGCUCUAAUUUUGGUUACUCAGCUCCAGAGUACAUUACAAAUAGAACAUUGUCCACUAAGACUGACAUUUAUAGCUUUGGAGUACUAUUGCUUCAUCUCAUCACUGGAAAUCAAGCCAUCGUCAAUAGGAGGAGCCGUAGUGGUCAAAUAAUAUGGCUCACUCAAUGGGUACAAGCCAUAAUGAAAGACAAAUAUCAUCUGAUAGAUAUUGCUGAUCUAAGCCUUUCUGGUCAGUACCCAAAAGAUUGUUUGGAAUCUGUAUUGGAAUUGGCUGGCUUGUGUGUGAAAAAUGAUGCAGAGGAACGUCCUAACAUCAUUGAAGUGGUACAGCAAUUGGAGAUUUUGGAAGCAAAUAAGUACCAUAGUCCAAAUAAGUAAAAAUGUCACUAGGUGUUUUUAUUCUUUUUUUACUGAAUUGUUAAGUGAUGACUAUUAUACAUACUCAUAAAUAUAUUAGUUUUUUUAUUUAUUAACA